AUUAAUAGUAUACGAAUAUGUAGACCCGGCUGCAGUGGCGCGUGGGACCACACUUCCAUCGGGAUUCGCCCCGUGGAAGUAAGGAAGACACAGUUUUCAAAAGUCACAAGUAGCGGACCCAACAUUUCUACCCAAAUCCCCCGCCUCGUCUUUGCUUCGCUUUUAACCACCGUUCGAUCUCAAAAACAUAUCGCCAACUUCCCACGCUCACUCUCCCUUCUCUUUCACUCACUCCCCCAACAAAACACCCCAAAAAAAGCCGCGUCUUUUGUUUGUCACUUGAUUGUUUCCUUCCUCUUUUGGCGCUGAUAUAAUGAACAAAAAUGAUUUUUUUUUUUGGGAGAGGGAAGAAAAAGAUUGGUGAUUGCUUUUUUUAAGAGAGUUAUUUGUUCUUUGUUCUCAGUUGGCGGUAAUUCUUAGUUCUUUGCUUUGCUUAGAAUCUACGUUUUUGAGCUUGUUUGGCGCUUGGGAUUUUCGCCGACUUAUUUCUCUCUGUAAUCGUGAUCUUUCUCGAUAUCGACGAGGUAUUCGAGAUUUACGUCAUUUUCUUCAACCUGCAUUGCCUCCAUUUCUACCUGCUGAGAUGUUUUGGUAGAGCACAAGAAUUUAUCCGAUACCAUUUGAUAGAAGAAAAGCUAAUGAAUACUUAACCCCGGCGGGACAUGGGAUUUGGUUCAGUGUCAAAAAAGAGUUCAAACCCGCAGCAAAAUUCAAAGAUAGGGAAGGAGAAAGCUGAGUUGCCUCAAGCAAACCUGAGGUUAAAGAAUCAAGGCGAGUUAAAAGUGAAGAAUGGUAUUACUUUUUCAUAUGGUAAUCCACCAGGUGAACUAGGAAAAUAUCAAAUACACAGCACCUUCGUCCAAACAAAAUCCUUAGGGGAUUACCAGGGCCAGCCUCUCAAGGGCAAGCCAACAAAAGAGGAGGAGCUUGUCAGGUACAUGUCAAACUUGCCAGGUUACCUACAGCGUGUAGACACUGGAGAAAACCUUCAAGAGAAGGCAUUGAAUGUGGGAGUUCUGGAUUGGGCACGUUUAGAAAAAUGGAAGUACCAGCAAAGGCAUAUCCCGACAAUAACUGGCAAUGAUGUAUCAUCCACAAGCACCAAUUCAUCAUUGAAAACAAAGACCAAGUCAUCUGCCCUUUCUAGUGCAGUUCCCAAGGAUGCUUAUGCCAAUAAAAGUAAGCAACACUCUUCAACUUGCUCCAGUCUUAGCUCAUCUCAUGAGGAUGGCUUUCCCCGAGGUGCAAAACCAUCUACUCAGAAGGUUAGACACUUUCAAGAUACUGCUUUCAAGAGCACCGUGGAUCAGCAGAAGAAGACACCCAAGACACAUACAUCCUUUGGCAAAACUUAUUCAGAUGUAGUCCUUGAGAAGGGAAAGAAAAAAGUCUUAGAUCAGAAAAUCGCUUCUGAAAUGGGAAAUAUUUCAUCAAACAUGAGAAACCUUUGGGCCUCACCUCUGCCAAAUGAAACUGCAAUUGCUGGUGAGGGUGGAGCAGCUAAGAGAGUAGAGCAAAGGCUGGAAAUUGAUGUGAAUAAAAAGGACUUGGAUCAGAAGAAUACUUUAGAUGUGGAGGCUUCUUCAUCCAAAUCAGGAAAUUAUGCAGUUUCAUUGGGUUCUAGGAAAAAGUUGAGUGCUGAGAGCGACAAAACUGAGAAGAAAGAGACCCAGGAAUCAGAAAUUGGCCUUACUCAUCAACAUUCUCCUGGUGAGUGCAAGAAUGUUGCUCUUCAUCUUCCAAGAUCCUACCGAAAUAGCUUUUUUGAAGAACCCCGAGAAUUAUUGGAUGAGACUUUGAAUGAAGCAAAUCGGAAUAGUUUUUCCUAUGAUUUCCUUCAGAAGGUUCACUUUGGGGAAUUAUGUUCUGAAGUCCCUCAUUCUUGUCCGCUUCCUUCUGAGAUGAUGGAACAGGGUCGGGAGCCUUCAUCUGAUGCAUCUCAUGGGUCAGCAUGCUCAAAUAACACAGGAAAUAUAAGAACUCAGGGCAUGUGUUCAGCAGAGAACAAGAUUAAAUCUCAGGAUGCUGAUAAUGAAACUUUAAAGAUACUGCAAGAAGAAAUGGCCGAACUGGCAACCAGAAAAAGCAGAACAAAUUCACCAAGUCGUCGUUUUAGUUUCAGCUUGAGUCGUAUUGGUAGAAGUUUUAGUUUCAAGGAAGGUUCUGCUGUCCCACAAUUGAGCUCCACUUAUGUUUCUGUCAGGUCUGGCCCAUUGAGAUCUGAUUCUUCUGUUUUUUCAGAUGACGCAAACAGAGAGAAGGUCCAUACCAGAACUAGGUCCAGCCCCUUAAGAAGGAUGCUAGACCCACUACUGAAGUCGAAGGGCUUAAAUUCCUUCCCUUUCACUGACACUGUUCAGCCAUUGAAAGGAAGCUUGAAUUCCUCUACUCCAAGGCCAGUUAAUACUAAUGAAUCCCUUCUGGAAGAAAAGUUUGGGUCAUCAACGGUUCAAGCUCUUCUACAGGUUACAAUAAAGAAUGGACUCCCACUGUUCAGAUUUGUUGUCGACAAUGGCAGUAACAUGCUUGCAACUACCGUGAAAAGCCUAUCAUCAACUGCCAAGGGGGAAUCUGAUCAGAAUUACAUAUUCUAUUGUGUUAGUAAAAUUAAGAAGAAGAGUGGCAGCUGGAUAAGUCAGGGAAACAAGGAAAAAAAUUGUGGCUACAUCUAUAAUAUUAUUGGACAAAUGAAGAUUUCCAACUCUCAUAUUUCAGACUUGACUGCACAGGACUCUUGUAAUCAGUAUCUGGUAAGAGAGUCUGUUCUGUUUGGCGUGGAGCAAAGACAAGCAGAUCAAGCAUCAGCAAAGUUUACAGCAAAAACGGAGCUUGCUGCUGUUGUAAUCAAAAUGCCUGGUAAGACCAAUGAUGUACAAGAGGGUGAUAACAACAAAAUGAAGAAAGGCUUUUCAGAAUGUUUGGCUACGGAUAGAUUCACUUGCGACUCUGUGGAAAUUGCAAGCUUUAAUGGUACUAUUGUCAUACUUCCUGGUGGUGUCCAUAGCUUGCCAAUCAAAGGAAUACCUUCCCCAUUGAUUGAACGAUGGAAAUCUGGUGGAUUAUGUGACUGUGGAGGUUGGGACGUUGGUUGCAAAUUAUGUAUUCUCUCCAACCAGUACAGCAGAUGCUGUAAGAUUUCAAGGACAUGUCAAGCUUGCCUAAACCCCAACCGACUUGAACUCAAUGUGCAGGGAGAAGCACAAAAGAACAGGCCUACCUUUAGCUUGGUUCCACAUAAGAAUGGAAUCUACACAAUUGAGUUCAGUUCAUCAAUCACUGCAUUACAAGCUUUCUUUAUUUCUAUAGCAGUUAUAAGCUGUCAAAAAUCGUCUGGUCUGCCAGAAUUCAGUUACCUGUCCAAUGGAAAAGUUAUAAAGGAGACCGUGGUGAAUGGCAGCCGUGGGAUGGAGAACAAACCAGCCAUCGUUCUUGGAACCAUGCCUGCAAAAUAUGCUCCUAACCCUCCUCAUUCCCCUGUUGGGAGAGUAUAGUUUCAAACGUGGGACGUGCUUUGUUUUUCAGGUAUAAUUCUCAAGUCUUAGAAUUGCUACAACGGGAAGCCGGGUUUAACUCUUGAAAAGUGCAUCCUACGUUGACAAUCAAUCAUUAAUGAGACGUACAGGGAAUCAGGGUAUAGGCUUGUUAGACAUUGUUAAUCAUCAUGAUUUUGUAAUAGGUGCACGACAUUACCAACAGAUCACUUGUAUAAAAGAAAUAAAAUUGGCAAUUUAAUAAAGCACUCACUGUUUUAAUCAAGUGAGUUUUUCUGUGUUGGAAAAUGCUUAUACUUUUUGAAGCAGGGAGACAACCUUGUUAUGAUCAUAAAGCAACUUGACUACAUUAACUGAACAACGUCCACGGCAGCAGCAGAGAUCCAAGGAAAGAAACGAGGGAAGGUUGAUGAAACACGAAGUUAAAAGCCCCUGGUAAUAGUAUUUACAAUUUAAUAUACCGUAUCAAGCUGAGAAGUCUGAGAGUAACUACGGCCGAAAGAACUGGGAUAAGCAAACCCCCAUUUUAGAAAUAGAACAGCCUUUAAUGAAAUGACUUGAUUUAUGUAAGAAACGAGGGACGUGAUGAAACACGUAGUUAAAAGCCCUUUAUCUAGUCCCCUGGUAAGAGUAUUUACUAUUUAAU